UAAAACCAAUAACCCCAACAACAAACACAACCCACCAAAGAGAAGGGAGGCAUAUAAAUUCUCCCGGCUGUUCUCGACGGCUGUCCUUUCCUCAAUGAGUCGUUGAGAUCCGGCAUUGAUCGAUUAGAAACAGUAAAAGGUCUGCAAAAUGGUUGCUCAGGGAUUCACUGUGGAUCACAAUAAGCCCCUUGUAUUUCAGGUUGGUCAUCUUGGUGAAUCUUACGAGGAAUGGGUUCACCAACCCAUUGUGACAAAGGAAGGCCCUCGCUUUUUCCACAGUGACUUUUGGGAGUUCUUGACCCUUACAAGAUGGUGGGUGAUUCCUGUAAUUUGGUUGCCAGUUGCGAUCUGGUGCAUCUCCAAGUCAGUAAGUAUGGGCCUUUCGCUUACAGAAAUCGUCCCAUUGAUAGCGCUGGGAAUAUUUAUUUGGACGUUUAUAGAAUAUACUCUUCACCGGUUCCUUUUCCACAUCAAGACCAAGAGUUAUUGGGGAAACACGGCGCACUAUCUUCUUCACGGAUGUCAUCACAAGCACCCAAUGGACCACCUUCGACUCGUCUUUCCUCCUGCUGCAACAGCGGUUUUAUGCUUUCCUUUCUGGAACCUUGUGAAGCUUUUCGCAACUCCUUCAACCACACCUGCCUUGUUUGGAGGCGGCAUGCUCGGGUACGUGAUGUAUGAUGUUACUCACUACUACCUUCACCAUGCACAACCAACUAGAGCAGUGACCAAGAAUCUCAAGAAAUAUCAUUUGAACCAUCACUUCAGGAUUCAGGACAAGGGAUUUGGUAUAACAUCAUCUCUAUGGGACAUAGUGUUUGGGACACUACCCACCACAAAAGCCCCUAAAAGAGAGCAGUAGUGUACUAAGUUGCAAAACUAAAAGGAUAUUUGGGAACACAGUUAAAUCUUAAAUUUAUUGAUCAUCAUCCCUCAUGAGUUUUGAGAUGUUUGUCUGAGGUUUUCAUUUGGAUCACUGUCUUUGUAAAUCUAUGUUUCUUAUCCUAUUUAAUAGUUGUGGUGUG